AUGGUGACCAUGGAAGGAACCCUCGCAGCAGUCAGUGGUAUAUCAAAUGUGGGGAGGCACCCUCCAAUAACGGUGCUAUUGAUGGAAUUAUUUAAGAUCGCAAUGCCGAUGUCGAUUUCGCAGAUUGCGCAGUUUAGUUUCAUGGUGGUGAUGUUGAUUUGUGCGGGGCAUAUUGGCGUUCAUGAACUAGGGGCGGUGUCAAUUGCACUCGGUAUUCUAAACGCCACCGGGUUUGCUUUUGGUAGUGGGUUGUGUGGGGCGCUGGAAACACUUCUGUCACAAUCAUACGGCCAAAAUCCGCGGAGUACCAUGUAUGGGGUAUAUGCACAGCGAAUGUUCUUUAUUUUGAUGGUUUUCGUUGUGCCCCUGUCCGUUUUCCUUCUCUUUGUUGAGGGUAUGUUGAACGCACUGGGGGAGCCACCUGAUGUUGCUGUGCGAGCAGGACACUUCUGUCAUAUUGCAAUUUUUGGUCUCCCAUUCUUUAUGGUGUUGGAGCUCCUGCGCCGUUAUUAUGCUAGUCAGCACCAGUCCAACCCCGUGUUCGUAACCCUAUUGGCUGCAGCACUUGUAAAUCCCAUAGUGGAAGGUGUUUUGGUAUAUAUAUUUGGUUAUACUGGUAUUGCUUUAGGGUGGGUAUUCGUAAUGCUUGGGAUGGACAUUGCCCUCGUUUGUUUCCUCAAAUGGUCUGGAUUGCAUACUAGGACGUGGGGCGGAUGGAGCAGUGCAGCCUUCAGGAAUUGGUAUCCAAUGCUUAAACUCGCUAUUCCUUCACUUGGCAUGGCGUUCAGUGAGUGGACAGCAAUGGAGGUAAAUUCACUAUGUGCAGGACUUCUAAGUACAGAGGAGCUUGGGGCUUACGCCGUGACUAGUCAGAUAGCAAACUUGUGCUGGAGUGUUGUUUCUGGUCUAUUUAUCGCUGCAACGGUAUUAGUAGGGAACAGCCUGGGCGCGGGAAACCCUGAUCUUGGUAAGCAGUAUGCACUUUUAUCGUCCGUGCUGGUUCUCGUGGUGUCAUUGUUGAACGCAGCGGUGGUUUACAAGUUCAGGGACAGGAUACCACGCAUUUUUACCCAUGAAGAUGGGAUUUCAAAGCACUUUUCGGAUAUGGUUCCCUAUUUUUUAACUUUUCAUGUGUUAGACGCCGUUCAGUCGAAUUUUUUAGCGAUUUUGCGUGGUUGUGGACUCCAGUUGGUUGGCGUCGCUAUUGUGUUUGUUUGCUUGACCAUUAUUGGCACCCCGUUAGGUAUUUAUCUCGCAUUUGCGCGUCAUUACGGCGUCGUGGGACUUUGGGUAGGCCCGGUUGCGAGUUGCGCAGCGUUUGGCAUUCCGGCCUAUUUGUACGUGCUCUUCUGCCGAAUCGACUGGGCGUCUCUGCGCCCCCACUUGGAGGAGUGCGAGAUGAAGAAAUUCGUCGAAGUCACGUUGGUGGAUGAGGACGAACUCACAUAG